GUUAACUAGCUACUGACAACACUUGCUGAAAUAUUGCUGUUAGCUGCCAGGCACCUGCAGCGGCACGCCAUGCUUCAGAUCAGCAUGCGUCUACUCAUCCCAACAGUUCGCUCGCCAUUGGAAGUCAACAGGCCCGCGUCCCCUGCGUCAUUUUCCCCUACCACCUUACCUGUUCGUAAGCAUUCGAACCAGGCUUCUAGGCUCAUUCGCACUCGUUCAGGAUCUGCACAUGCUGUCUUUCCUACGCAUCCAAAUCAACUGGAGGAACAUCCACAGCCCCAAACCGAUACGUCAGUAGCGUCGUCGUGGAUCGGGAUACCAUGUCGCUUCGAGAUCGUUCAGCAGACCCUUGUACUUGAGGGCUAUCAACUAUAUGCAGUCGAAAAAUGGGUAGUCGAGAGGACUCGACCGGUCACCGUGCUCACUGUCUAUACUGGUGACCCGCAGCAUAAAAUCACCGUGACGGCCCUGAGUCCCUCCUCAUCUCUUACUGCCGCUGAAAUGCAAGUGGAGUGGCAUGCUGCUCUGCAUCGCCUCUGUAUGGAUGGUGCUAGACCCAAGCAGGUACCAGAUGGAGUGCUCAUGGUAACCUCCCUAGCCAAUUUUCGUUCGGACUUCACCAUCGUUCAUGUACCAAACGGCGAUUUCUUUACUGCCAAGGAACAACUUUUCACCAACAUUAACCUCUCUCGUAUGGGAUGUAGUGGGCGCAGUGCGCUGACCUUGGAGGAACCGAGUGAGACCACAAAGGAUCGCUUCAAAACCACCUAUUUUUUAAACGAUUCACCGCCAGCUCCGUCUACGCUUCGUGCGCAGUCAUUAUCACGCUCACAUACUCGCGCAUAUUCCCAACCAAUCAUUACACUAACACCUGCAAUUACAGAACUUCCCAGGUUAUCUGUGAUCAAUACCCCUUCAGGGAAACUGUCCUCACGUCAGAUCGCAUUCAACACGAUUGUCUUAGAGCUUGUCAAGUUAGUGCAGAGCGCUUUGGCUAUAUGUGGCAUGUUUUCAUUCGCGUGUAUUGAUGGCUUGCUCUGCGACAAAACCGUGGAAGGGUUGCAACGCUGGAUUGCAGAAGUUGGAGAACCCGUUCUCAACGUUGAGCCCAUGGAGCGCGUGGCUGACCCGAGCACGGUUGCUGCCCUUCUCAGCUUUGUGCUUGCUGCGAGGAAUCGGUUAAGCUCCAUGGCUUUAUCACAGGCCAUCCCUAAGGAUCCCUUCUUAUACCCUUCCACAUUUCUGGCUGCACUCACAGUCUUUUCGCAGUGCCACCAUGGUUCUUCUCAGUACAUUGUGAACAACACUACUAUCCUGCCACAGCUCCCUAUCUCGAACCCUUCCAGCCCCGUUCCUUUCCAUAUUUCCACAGCAACUCCACCACCUUCGGGUUCUCCAUCAUCUUCUCAGGCAACUUUUCUGACACAGCAACUUUACAAUCAGAUUCUGCAGCCUCAUGAUACGAAGUUGCGGCAUUCAGAGUCACGACGCGUACACCGUGCAUUGUUAAACAAGCUCGAUCCUAACUCUGAUACCGAUACAGGUGGCUCUGAAAGCGAUCUCGGACAUGGAUCCCAACCCCGUCGGCGAAAGGGUAUAGGUGGAGCUGGCGGUCAUCUUAUCAGCGGUAUUGAGAAUCUGGCUUCAGGAUUCGUUGGACGCGGGGCUGCUGGUAUUGGUGCGAGUGGUCUGCUUUCCCCUACAGCUGAUCUAGGGGUAUUUGUUCGCACUAUUGGAGGAAAGAGCGAGAGAGACGAGCGAGGACAUGAACGCGACAAGGAGAAGGACAAAGCAGAUAUCGAGGAUAGUGAACGAGUGGCAGGCAGUCUGCGGGCACUUUGGACUGGGAAGGUGGAGCUUUUGAUGAAGCUGAGGGAACGAGCUGGUACGAAGGGGCAUGGUACAGAGAAGGGGAGAAAGUUCAAGGAGGGGAAGGACAGAGAGAGACGCGCCUCCAGUGAUAUUGAAGGCGAGCACAGUCAUGAACAUAUUGACGAAAGCAGGAGCGCCGACGACGAUCUCGCGUUUGGAGGUGUCUUUGCCGGCAAAGUACAGAAGAAAUUGGAGAUGUGGGCAGGUAUCAAUCGAUCUAAAAAGAGUGUCGAUUUAUCAACCAACAUGUCUUCUGGUAGACCAUUGCGCGGCAAUGGUUACAGGCUUCAUGUUGGACAGGCUUCUGCCCAAUCCUCCUCCUCAGGUAAUGUCAUUGUAACCCUGGACCGCGCCGGUUCAAUAUCCCAGCCACUCCCAGCUGCGUCGCAGGAGAUUGCAGAUGAAGACGAGCUGCUGAGUAGCGGGCAGGUUUCCCCCAUAUCCGAAUCAAGAGCUUUGAACCCUUUCACAUUGGGUCUUGAGUCGGCAGGUGCCUCAUCUGCCAAUCUCAGCUCUUUGCUACGAGAUGGCAAUGGUUCUACGUCAGAGUACGACAGAAAAGUCAGCUCCUUCCUACUCUCUCGUCCAUUAUACAACAGGGAGAAAAGGGUGCCCAGCUGGUCGGACCCUAUCAGCGCGCGUAAUGGACAAGGGACAUCACGACCCCAAGGAGUGAGGCAUCAAACUAUGGUGGACUCGGUGCCUGCUGGUGAGCCAGGUGAUCGCAAGUCCAAUAAGCGGGUACGAAGUAAUGCGGUCAAACGACGACAUUCCUUCCAUGACUUCAAAUCUCUCAAGAAUAUCAAGGUGCUUCGUGCUGAAUGGAUGCGUAUAGAUGUCGAUGUUUGUGGACAGCUUCUUGUCAUGCAUCGCAGGAAGGAGCAUUAUUACCGUGUCACGGCCUGUAUGGAGUACCUCACCAACUCGCUUUCGCAAACAAAUGCAGCCUUGGAUACAGACUACGGAUCGCAUCGUGCAUUCAUAUCUGCGCUGGAGAAACAAUGCGAUGUCUUAAACCAGAUUGAAGCCGAAAAUGUGGCAGCAGAUAUGACCAUGCAGCAGGUGCAAGCACUCGCCUAUGAGGCGAAUCAAUUCCGAGUCAACGAUUUGUGGCACACCGCUACUCCGGCCAGACAGAAGGUCCUUGAGCUCAGGGAAAAAGUGUUUGGCAUGAACACAGGGGCGCGGCGACUUCCCCAUGGCACGCAUGGUGCUCACGGCCGAUUCAACCGCCUUCAAUGGGCUUUUGACGGGCAAGAAAGACUCGUGGACGCAUGGGGUCGCACAGAGAGCGAGUACGAAGAGGAGAGACGUGCCGGCGCAGCCAUACUUGGGAUAGAGGAGGAAGAAGAGGAAGAGGAACCAGUAGAACACACGGCGAUGAAGCCUAUGUGGCUACUCCGUUUCUUCAACUGGGGGAUGAGUUGGACAUCAGCUUCCAUGGCGGACUCGAAAGCAAGCAAAGGACAAGAAGGAACCCCAACAUCUGAAGAGAACGGAUCGCCCAAGGAUAUUUAGCCUACGAUGUAGUGCCUUACGAGUUAGUCUACUUCUGAAGCCCGUGACGAAGUAUGACGAGGAUAUAUCGAGAUUCACGGUUAAAUACUAAGCUGAAGAUAAUGCAGGUCUAACAAUCACUUCCGCACGAC